AUGUCAGAAGAAAUUCAACAGACUGAAAAUCAGUCGUUACAAGAACUUCUCUAUGAACGUUAUAAAGACUACCUAGAUCUUUCAGAGGCAGAUCGUAAUCGUUAUGCAAAUUUCUCAAAAGAAUUAACCAAUGCCUUACAUGGUGAUGAUCCAUCAUCUUUAAAAAGAUCAAUUACCAAUCAUAUUCAUUCUGAUCCUGAAAAGUUGAUUCGAAUGAAAUUACUACCAUUUCCUUUACCACCAAAUGAAGAAUUGAUGGUGCGUCGAGUAAUGGAUAGCUGUCCAUUUAAGGCUUCAUUAAGCUGUUUUGGAGGUUUUGUUUUGGGAGGCAUUUUUGGUUUAUUUUCAGCCAGUGUUGAUCCAAUGAGUACUAUACACGGUGCAGAAACUCCAACUACUAAGCAAGUUAUGAAAGAAAUGUACUCUCGUUCUUUAUCUCAUGCUAAAAGUUUUGCAAUGAUUGGAGCACUUUUUGCUGGUACUGAAUGUGCACUUGAAAGUUAUCGUGGUAAAAGUGAUCUGUUGAAUAGUACAUUGUCAGGUGCAAUCGUUGGUGGUGGAAUAGGAUUUAGAGCUGGUUUACAAGCAAGCAUUCUAGGAGCUGCAGGUUUCUCAUUAUUCUCCACAGCUAUUGAUUAUUAUUUCAGACAUAAAGGCUAA